AGCGGGAUGUUUUGGUUUUGAAGUUAGCCUCGCAGAUGAUUUUAGCCUUUACAAAAACGGCCGGACUUGACUUAUUUUAUAAUUGUAGUGACUUAUUUUAUAAUUGUAGUGAUUUUUACGCAGUUUUCGACACAGUUACAGGCUGAAAAUGAAGGCUGAUGUGGAUAAAAUAGUGUCUCUGUCAGAUAAAGACAGUAUUCCUGAACUGCAGAAGUACCUUUCCUCUCUUAUGGAUGAACAGUUAGUCACAGUCAUUACAAACAGUGCUCUCAAGGGGAAGAUGGUUGGGACUAUGAUUAAAAGCAUAUUUAAAGGCUCCCCUCCCACCUCCAAUGAAGGGUCCAAAAGGAGACUACUGCUGUACCAACACUGCAUAAAUCUGUGUGAGUCACGAGACCUACAGACCGAAGUGGCAGCGGAUAUAAUAGGAUUGCUUAUGUUAGAGACACAUUUGCUGCCUGGUCCUUCACUUGUCCAGCUGGCUAAUGUCUUCGUUGAAGCGAUUAAAGCUGGAAAAAUGGGAAGUGGAAAGUCACUGGAGCUUUUCCCUACUGUUCUGACUGCCCUUUCUGCUUGUGAAGUUGUAGCAUAUGGCAAAGGUGAGCUAAGCGGUGAAGAAUACAGAAAGCAACUGAUCAACAGCCUUUGUUCGAGCAGAUGGGACCCACAGUGUGUUAUUCACCUGACAACCAUGUUCAGAGACGUGCCUUUAUCACCAGAGGAACUGCAGUUUGUGGUGGAGAAAGUGUUGAGAAUGUUCAGCAAACUGGAUUUUCAAGAGGUCCCUCCCCUCGUUUACCAGCUGCUUCUAUUAUCUGCAAAGGGGUGUAAGAAACAGAUCUUGGACGGAGUAGUGAGUUAUUUCAAAGAACAAGACCAAUGCCUAGAAGAAGAACAAAAAUGUGGACAGAGCCUUGACUUAGAGUUUGAGUCUGUUCCUCAGGACCAGUUAAGGCACGUGGAAGGCACCGUUAUCCUCCAUAUUGUUUUUGCUAUUCGACUUGACCAUGAAUUGGGAAGAGAAUUCCUGAAAACCUUUAAAACGUCCUAUGCAGACAUGUGUCCUUUCAGUGUGGCUCUGUUACUUUCGGUAGCUCGUAUUCAGCGCUAUGAGGAACAGGUGUUUGACCUGUUAAAAGGUGCAGUUAUCAAAAGCUUCAAAGAUGAACAAAUGCAGCAGGGCUCAAAGAUUCUACAGGAUCUUUUGCCUCCACACCGCAGUGUUUCUCAGAUGAUCCUAGACACUGUCAAGAACAGUGUGUUUGGUUGGGACCACGUGACCCAGGGCCUGGUUCAGCUGGGUUUCUUUCUGAUGGACAAUUUUGGCCCGAAACCUGGGCCAUUUGGAAAAGCUGCAGAGACUUCUGCUUCGUUAGCCAGGACUCCCAACCAGCAAGCCUGCAAACUGGGCGGGCAGGUACUCAUUCUGGGAUUCAAGAUGCACGAGCCGCUCAGAGGUGAAAUACUUGAGCAGGUUCUCAAUCGACUGGUCACAAAGACGGCUUCACCUGUAACUCAUUAUUUAGACCUUUUUACAGACAUCGUGGUGUCCGCUCCCAUGAUCCUCCUGGAAUCAUCGUCCAAAGUGAUAGAGACGUUUGACCAGCUUUCAUAUUUACCUUUGGCGACAGUGCAGGGUCUACUCAAAGCCGUGCAGCCAUUGCUCAAAGUCAGUAUGUCCCUGAAAGAUGCGCUGAUUUUGGUUCUUCGCAAAUCAAUGUUUUCUAGUCAACUUGACGGCAGGAAGUCGGCCGUUACAGGUUUUCUACUGUUACUGAAGAACUUUAAAGUGUUGGGCAGUUUGGCCUCAAGUCAGUGCAGCCAGAGCAUCUCAUCCAGUCAGGUCCAAGUGGAUGUUCAUUCCCGCUACAACUCUGCAGCCAAUGAAGCUUUCUGUUUGGAGAUCCUCAGCAGCCUGCGUCGCUGUCUCGGUCAGCAGGCCGAUGUGCGACUUAUGCUCUAUGAGGGAUUUUAUGAUGUUCUUCGGCGUAACUCCCAGCUGGCGAGUUCGAUCAUGCAGACGCUUUUAUCACAAGUUAAACGGUACUACGAGCCUGAACAGGACCUUCUGCCUCCUGUUAAACUGGAGCCCUGCAUCUCGGCCCAUGGAAAUCAAGUUUUUCUCCAGGAGCCUCUGGCCCAUCUGCUGAGCUGCACCGUCCACUGUCUGUUGUGGCUCCAGAACAUUCACAGAACAGCCACCGGUGAUGACAGCGAUGAGGAAGAGGAGGAGGAAGGGUACCGGUCUGAACUGCUAACUAUCCUGGAGAGUAUGACGAGACGCAUGAUCAAGAGUGAGCUGGAGGACUUUGAACUGGACAAAUCUGCUGAGUUUUCCAUGGGAUCCAGUGUCGGUGUGAAGAAUAACAUCUUUGCCAUUUUGGUGAUGGGAGUGUAUGAGAUCCUCAUCGAGUACAACUUCCACAAAGCCAAUUACAAUAAAGAAUCCUUUGAAGGAAUUAUAGAGCUGUUUAAUCGUUAUCACAAGAUCGCUGAGAUUCUGAAGGAGAAAGCUGGAAAAGGCCGAGCGCCCACCAGCAAGACGCCACGAAGUCUGCUUUCGAUGGCUUAUAUUUCAACUAUUGUUCCCGCACUUUUCAGAGACAGCACUCAGAGCAGAGAGGAAGCGCUCUCUGUUCUACGAGCGAGUGGAGAAUUUGUUCGGUAUUCACUGAGUGUGGCCAUACAGAAAAUACAGCAACUAGAGGAAACUGGGCACACGGACGGUCCAGAUGGAAUGAACGCAGAUAAAACCUUCAGAUUUCUGUGUGACAUGACCAGUGUUCUCAUGUGGCGUUACACCAACAUCCCAAGUGUGGUGGAGGAUGCAGGCAAAAAGGAGAAGCGAACCACACUGUCGCACUUGUGUCUGGAGGGUCUUCUCAGAAUCUUCACCACGUGUCAGCAGCGUUUCCCAGAGCGACUGGCUCAGCUCCUCUCGACCAUGGGUGGGUUGGGCUAUGAAAUCAGUUUAUAUUCUACAGGAAACAGCAUCACAGUUGUGUUUUUUUUUCUUUUCUUAGAGUCUGAGGAGGACCUGGAUGAAGGCAGUGUCACUCAGAUAAGCUUCUUUUACAUCCGGCAAUUUCAGAGGGUGCUGUUUGCUCAGCUUAGCGGGGAGCAGGAUGAAUUCAACAGCAAAGAGGCUCAGUUAAUCAUCAGCAUUUUGAGUGUGCUUUCCCGACAGCUCAAGCCAUCUUCCCAGGAGUUUGUUCAGAUGAUCACGUGGACUGUAAAGGUCUGCAAGGAGACAAGUUUUGAGGAUUCUCCUUUCGCCAAAGGACUGCUCUCCCUUCUCUUCAGCCUUCAUGUUCUCUACAAAAGCCCCGUUAGCCUUCUGCUGGAACUCUGUCAAGAUAUCCACAGCCUACUCGGAGACAUUGAUCAGGAUGUGGAGGUCGAAAAACAGUCGCACUUUGCCAUCGUCAACAUAAAGACGGCUUCAACGGUGGCAAUGCUCGUGUUGUCUCAAGUUGACCAAGUGCUAGAUGAGGUGGUCUGGCUUAUUGCCAAAAAGAAAAGCCAAACCAGCACUGAAAAAACAGGGAAUGGUGAAACCACUCAGAGCACAGGAAACCAAGAUCCAAUUGAAAAAACAGUGACUUUACAACUUGGGACACUGUUGACUGCCCUGAAUGAACUCGUCCAGACGUCCCUCCCGCCUGGUACCGCCACCAUUACGUUGUUAAGAGCAAUGAGCCGGACAUACACGAUUCUCACCAGUCUGGUCAAAUAUUACAUCCAAGUCUGUUCAAAUCAUGGGACACUGCCUUCACGGUUUGAAAAGUUGGUGAAGCUGUCUGGCUCCCACCUGACCCCACAGUGUUAUAGUUUUAUAACAUACGCACAGAGUGGGGAAACUAGUGGUGCUGGUGCAGAUGACAAGAAGAAGAGGAAAAAGAGUGAAACUAAUAUGGCCGCUUCAGCCAAGCUUCUGCGUGAGACAAAGACCAUUCCAGAUUUGAUCUUUAGUAUUGAACAGUAUGAGAAGUACCUCAUCACACUGUCUAAAAAGUCAAAGGUGAACUUGAUGCAGUACAUGAAAUUAAGCACGUCCAGAGAUUUCCGCAUCAACGCCGCGACUUUGGAUGCGGCUCUUCAGGAUCAGGACAGUAGUCAGCAGACCACAGCAUCGCAGGAAGAUGACGAGGAGCCGCAAGAACCCAAAGAGAAAAGGAGGAGGAAAUAAGCAACCACACCGUCU